GCAACUUUCUCUGCUGGCUGCUAGCUACUUGCUCUCGUACUUACUUCACUCCACCUCAACUCUCACACAGACCCUUCACGAAAGUCUACUUCAACCAAACACCAACAUGUCUUCAGCAAUCCCAACAUCCUCCACCGUCGUGGAAUCGGCCGUCAUCAAAGCCCCGCUCGGUCAAGUUUGGCACCACAUCAAGCUUGAGUCGUUUGGAAACUGGUGGAGUGCUGUUAAGCAGUCCGACUUCGUCAAGGGAGCCUCGCCAGACACAGACAUCGUCAAGUGGACCUUCAAGGAUGGCACUGUCCUCGAAGUCAAGCAGGAGGAGCACAGCUCGAUCAACCACUAUAUUACCUACUCUAUCAUCACUGCUCAGCCAGAGCUGUCCUACUCCUCCGUCGUGAGCACCGUUCGUGCCUACGCAAUCACCAGCGGCGAGCUCGAAGGUUCGACUUUCGUCGAGUGGACUGGAAACUUCUCCAACGAUGCUGAUGCCGGUGUCAUUCAGGAUGCGAAGUUCAAGCGUCGCGAGGCUCUCGCCGACCUCGCCAAGGUCGCUACCUCGAAGAAGUGAGCAAAUCAGGUGUUCACCAACAACAGUCGAACCCUCCAGAAAGAGCAAUGAAAAGAAGUAGAGCACUGUAAAGAUACCCAAAAAGCAUGAAGAUAGAGAAAGCAUAGCACUCGAUCACGAUUGAAGAAGCUUCGUCAGAAUGUCAAGACUUGAAUUGCGUCAGGUAGUACUGCUUGUCCCAAUUUCAAUGUCCUCCUGGGGCGCAGCCAGGUUUGUCACUCGCCCAUCUUUGCCACACGGCCUCUACAGAGUCCCCACUGUCGCACAUAAUGGCUGCGUUUGAACGACACCAGAUCAUCCGUCCGCUAACCUGCACCCAAUGUAUCUGUGUCGAAGGCCGGGAAUCCAGCAUCCUACCGCUUUCCAGUCUGCGUUACUUUCAACAGAA